AUGUUCGCAGGUUUAUUGAAAAUGAAAUUUAAAACUUUUUCAGUAUGUAUGAACAAACCAAUAUUGAAAUGGAAAAGUCGAGUUGCAAUGAAUUUUAUUACAAUUUCUUGCUUAAUAUUCGCCUUGAUGCAUUUCCACAUUUUGGAUGCCACUAAAUGUAAAAAUAUGGAACAAGUGAUGAAAAAAGAUGAGGACAGAGGAAAACAAAUACAUGGAAAUAAUCAAGAUAAUGAGACCAACCAUCAUAAACCAAAUGGCAAGACUUGUGUAUCACACAAUAAAUCUAGAUCGAAGGACGAAAAAGUGCUGGAUGAGAAGGGCACUCAGAGUGCCAAGACGAAAGAGGAUAAUAAGACGCAAGACAAGAACGACACGAAAGACAAUAAUCUAAGUCUGUCAAUUAAGUUAGCAUAUACUAAAAAGUUUAGAUUAUUGACUGACUCGACCGAGCAGUCAAGUGAGGCUUCAGAACUGGGUUACAAUGGUGACUUGUACGAUGUGUUUAAGAACCGCUUAAAUCAAGUUUUUCGAGAAUUGUACAACAAUGUUAACUCGCCGGCGGUUACUCAGCCUCCACCGCAGGUCGAAAUUGAAAAUGACAAGCCCAAGAAGCGGUCUGCAGUUAGUAAUUGCCUAUACGAGGAAUUCAAACGACGUUUAGACAAAUUCAAUAAUGAGUUUAUGGAACCCGCUAAAACAAUUAAGCGCACAAGCGACGACGGUUUUUCGACCGGUCGAGAUAGUGGUGGGAAGCGUUCAACAGUGCUAGAAAAUUUAUAUGAGGAGUACAAGAAACGUCUCGAUAAGCUCGGAAAUGAACUUGGGUUGGAUGGUGAACAAGUUUUCGACAGAAGUGGACGUGGCGCUCCCGGCAUGAUACCUUUUUCAACUCUCAAACCUGAGAAGACGCCUAAGGACAUUGAGGCAGACAAAGCUGUCGUACGUGAUUUUUAUGAAGAAUAUAAGAAAAAGUUAGAUCAACUGACUCGAGAACUAUUCAAAAAGAGUAAUGAACGCAUCUGUCGCACAUAUGGAGAUCUCAGUGAAUACGAUCUUACUUCCCCUACGUUACAGCGAUUAGUUGCGGCGGUGCAGUCAGAUGACACGAAAGUUAUACCUGGAAUCUUACGAGAUGGAUCAGGUAGUUUUGAAGGAUCCACUAUCCUUCUUAAGAUCGAUAAAGCCAUUGACAAUAUAGACAAACAGCAGGACAAACGAAGCUUGGGUGCCACUGAAUUAGGUGCGACGAUUUUCGGUGCAGAUUCAUUGAAUUUUAUGACAGGCACGACAAGUGGUGUCGGCUCAACAGCCGGUGCUUCUUAUCCAGCUGUGUUGACUAAAUCAGUAGAUGCGAAUUUGGGACUUUUGGGCAAUACAGCGCCCAAGAAUUUGCUUGCCUCGGUCGCUUCAAAAAUGAAUAUGACGACACUAGAUUUGGCUAAAAAAUUAGCGACGAUGUCCAAUCCAUUAGAAUACGUGGCGAAGAAGGAUCCACAAUUGGGUGAAGAAAUGCAAAAGUUCAUAGGUUUGAGCGUCAACAAGUUGAACCAAACUCCGAUAGGCAAAAAAACGCCACUAAAUGAGGUUGCUGUAGUCUCGGGCUUACCUCUGAUGGGACCGGACCAAUCAGGAGUGCCAGCACCAUUGAUGACUCAGGAUUCCCCAUUUGCUGGGAUCCCAGCUCUUGCACCAAGAGCGGCUGCCACUUCCGCACCCGCACCUGCGACAUCCGCUCCAGUUACAACUACUAUGGCCCCCAUAACCGAUCAAGACCAAUUGCAAGCUAAGCCAACUAUGAAAUCUCCAACAUCAUAUCAGUCCAAUGACUUCGAGGCCGCACGCAUCGCCGCUGUGCUCGACAAGGUUCUAAGCAAGCUAGAAUGUAUCCAAUCAUGUAAACCGACCCCAGAACCAGUAGACGAUACUUGCGAACCAGAUGGUAUGCCAUGUGAUGUUGUUGGUUCUUGGAACUCCUAUCAAAUGGGAUUACGUUUUGAUAUUACCUUGACACGGGCAGCAGACCGCCGAUUGGGCACAGCUGAGAAAAACAACAAACUCCUAACAGUGGAAGUGGGCGAACGUGUUCCGCCACACGAACAUCAUAUUAUUGAUAAUAGCUGGAAGUUUAUGGGCAGCGCACUAAACCAACAGGGUGGCCCGUUCUACCUUUACUCGCAAAAUCGCGAACUAAGUACCGUGGCUACCUUUAUAGGUUUCUGUCGUGUUUGUGGCGGCAUUGAUACAAUUUUUGGGUCAUGGACAAUUAUGGGACCCUCUAAAGACUGUGAGGACAUUACAACUGCACUGGAGAAUAGGCGUGACAUUUUCAGACGUUAUAAUAUGGAGAACAAACGAAAUCAGCAUUUCAAGGACAUGCUUUUCGAAAAAAGCCAAUAUUCCAAACCAGAUUGUGAUGCCCUCAAGAGAGGAUGAGUAAUAAUUUUCCCACUGUACCUUUUAUUUUGCGAGCGUUUUUCAUUUCAUAGUUUGUGAGAUACAUUUUGAUUUGUUGUUUAAUCAUGGUCAUGAAAUGCCGGAAGGAAAGCAAAUAACAUCACUAGUUUCGACCAUCGUUUGAUGGCGACCUUCAGGCGCAAUUAGAUGUGAUUUAGGCUGAAAUCGAUUAUGGGAUCGGCUCUUGAUCUUUAGCCUCGACCAAAGGUCGAACAAUACUCUUUAUAUUUCUUAAUGUAAACUACCAUGGACAAAGGAACAAAGAGGUUUUAAAGAUCAGUUAUGCUAGCGUAGAAUUUCCGGAACUUCAAAUACUUACAGUAAAGUACCAAUAUGAAGACAUUUUGCAAAUAAAUAAAGGGACCCAAGUAUUAAUAGUCAAUUCUUUAUUUUUUAAUAAUGUUUCAUUUUAUAAUCAUAAAUUGUAAUAAUAUAUAUUUUACGUAUUAUUUAAUAUAGUAUAUAGUAUAUUUGACUGUGUGUGUAUGUGUUUAUGGACAAUAUUCAAUGUUUGUAUGAAAUUAUAACAAAACUAGAAACUACAAUCGAACGGAAAUAGAUAAUCGAAUGAAAAUGUUUACAUUUAGUCAAUUCUAUCCGAAUUUCAAAAUGUGAUCAUUGAAUUCCCAUAUGUUCCUCCAUUACCUUUUUGAGCCUGAAUGGCUGCACAGUUCCGUCUUGUCAGUUAAUCAAUUGUUUAUGACUUAAUUACAUAUUGAGUGGUAGAAAUUACAAACAAACAAACUAAACUAGAAACGACCAGUAUGUGGAUAAUAUAC